GGCGCCGACCGGUGACGCAUAUAUCGCGCUCUGAGGCUCGGCAGCAUGGCGUUCGUCGCGCUGAGCGAGGCUGAGAAGGUGUACAUUGUGCAUGGCGUCCAGGAAGACCUCCGCGUGGAUGGCCGUGGCUGCGAGGACUACCGAUGUGUCGAAGUGGAAACUGAUGUUGUGUCCAACACCAGUGGGUCUGCCAGGGUCAAGCUGGGCCACACGGACAUCUUAGUGGGAGUGAAAGCAGAAAUGGGGACACCAAAGCUGGAUAAACCAAAUGAAGGCUACUUGGAAUUCUUUGUUGACUGUUCAGCCAAUGCCACUCCUGAGUUUGAAGGUCGAGGAGGUGAUGACCUUGGCACAGAAAUUGCUAACACCCUCUACCGGAUAUUUAACAAUAAGAGCAGCAUCGACCUGAAGUCCCUCUGCAUUAGUCCUCGGGAGCACUGCUGGAUUCUCUAUGUGGACGUGCUGCUGCUGGAAUGUGGUGGAAAUUUGUUUGAUGCGAUCUCCAUUGCUGUAAAGGCUGCUCUCUUCAAUACAAGGAUACCAAAGGUUCGUGUUCUGGAGGAUGAAGAGGGGUCGAAGGACAUUGAACUAUCUGAUGACCCUUACGACUGCAUCCGACUAAAUGUCGAGAAUGUCCCCUGCAUUGUCACUCUGUGCAAGAUCGGCUAUCGGCACGUGGUGGAUGCCACUCUUCAGGAGGAGGCCUGCUCCUUGGCCAGCCUGCUGGUGUCUGUGACCAGCAAGGGGGUCAUGACGUGCAUGAGGAAGGUGGGGAAGGGCAGCCUGGACCCAGAGAGCAUCUUUGAGAUGAUGGAGACUGGCAAGCGAGUGGGCAAGGUGCUGCACACCUCCUUGCAGAGCCUUCUACACAAGGAAGAAAGCCUGGGACCCAAGAGACAGAAAGUCGGAUUCUUGGGAUGACUUGCACAUCACUCCCUCCAUGGUGGAUUGCUUGUUUUUUUGGUUUUCCUUUUAAACCAAAGUUUGUAUAUAUUUUUCUAAACUCUUGUGAAUUUAAGGCAGUAUUUGUAACAUAACUGUAAUAUUAAAGUCUAUUUUCUGGUCUAGUUUGAAAUGGCUAUAGAGUUUUUCAGCUGCCCAUCAAGGUGCCACUCAGUGACCCCAUGGAAAGUCUGGUCCUUUUCUUGUGAAUGACAACUAAACCCCAAGAUCUGCUGCCAAGGGAUGGGGCUCGGGUCAUGGCCCUCCCCAUGGAGACUUACUUAGCUCCUCCUGCAGGAGUUCAAAACAGCACCAACAAACCAACUUUAAUAAAGAUCUGGCAGAAAAUGACUUAAAGGAAA